CUCAGCAGCUGUUUGUUGAUACCAAAUUGAUGACGCAUUCCUGCCCAGUUUUGCCGCAAAAGGUUCAUAGGACCACCCUAUGCUGCUGCGGAGUUUGCAGUGUGACAAGUAUCAUCAUACCACAAUCACAAUAAACACGAGGCGCCGUCAGCACUUUUAAACAAACGCUUCUCACACUGGGCACCUCAGAACACCAGAAGACACCCAGGAGGCAUCCAAGUUGGAGGUUGCUUCAAGACUGCAAAGCAGCUUGAAGUUUCAGCGAAAUGCGUUCCUUGUUGGACCGCUCGUGGGAGAGUGUUGGUCGUGUGGUGCAAAUUUGAAGUUGGCCUUUGAAUCUUCCUUGGAGCACAGCAGGAUCCACCUGAUCAGGUCCUUGUGCAGAGAUUCGAUAGCUCGAUGUGGCAACAUGGAAAUGAAAGUCCUUCUUGCAAGAGACGCUUCUGGGAUGCCUCCGUGCGGCCAGCAGCGCGAUACGAAUCCCUGGUGGUGCUCCUCGCAGCAGCGGCCUUGCUGUGCAGCGAGAGGUACAUUGUAGCAGCCCUUUUUCGCCACACCAGAAACCUGGGCUGGCAGACACCGCAAUGGAGUCAGGCGCUCGAAGCCAAUCACAAGAUUCAAGAGAUUUUUCCAAGGCGACUCUCUGGCACCAUCGUUAUGGCUAUCGAGGCUCCAUCAAAUGGGACAGCCUUGUCUGCCGAUGUAAGGGCCUUUGCGCAGAACGUGAGCCAACAGGUCUCCCUGGACGAACGAGUUCGGCAGUUCCAUCCUCGCGUUCUCAGCUACUGGUCCGAUUUCGGGGAGUUACCGAGAAGUGUGGUCUCGAACCUGGACUUUGUAAGUCCAGAUCGAAGGAUGACGUGGCUGUUGCUUCAGCCAACCAACAUUCCUGACAACCACAACUUUGGUCAGGCCAACGACUUCUUGCAAGAAUUUUGCUCAUCUCCACCCCCUGGUUACAAUCUCCACAUCACGGGAAUGCCAGCCAUUGCCACCGGCAGUGGCUGUUCAUCGAACAGCCAUGCUGUGGUAAAUCCUCAGGACAUGAGCUUCAAGUGUUUAUUCUAUGCAGAGGUGGUCACCACACCUAUCGCGCUAUUGAUCAUGGGAUGUCUUGUACGACACUGGCGCUUGCUGAUCCUUCCGCUCUUCUCGGUGGUUUUAUCCUUCGGACUUUCUGCAGCGAUGUUGAUUCCAUGGAUGGACCAUGUUGAGGUCCCGGCGGACGGCAUUGCUGCCAUGGGUUCGGUGAUCUUGGCACUCUCAUUGGACUACAGCCUUUUCCUGCUCAGUCGUUUUAGCGAAAAUCACAAUGACAAGCUCACUCUGCAAGAGAAUGUGGACAUUAUCAAGGCGUGCACCUGUCGAACGAUUGCGGUCAGCGGCGUUUUGGUGGCCAUCGCCUUCUUUUCAGGCAUUCUGCUGCCUGAGCGAAAUCUUCAGGGCACCUGCAUUUGUUUGGGCUUUGCCGUUUUGGCCUGUGUGGCCACUAAUGUAGUUUUUCUUCCGGCGGUUUUCGUGGUCUUCGGCCCCAUGCUUGUGGGCAAUUCUUUCUUGCCAACCUGGUGGGGAGAUGUCGAGCUGGCAGCAGAUCUUGCAGACGAAGAGGAACGAAGCCAAAGACCUGAGGCGGACAACGCCAAUUGGCUAGUGAUUAUGCGUGUAGUAGAACGAGCUCCAGUUGCAGCCAUAGCAUUAGUGGUUCUCUUCGUUUGGCCCAUACUAUCUUCUGCUCCCUCUCUUCACAUCACUGCCGAUCGGUUUGCAAUGAUGCCUCUCUGGUCUCCAGCAGUCUUGGCGCUGCGAAACAUCCAAGAUGCACAUUUCCCUACGGGGCUCAUGAGUCCUUAUGAGAUUCUCGUCACUGCACCUGAUCAGCCUGAUGAUUUGGUCAUCAGCAAUGAGAUUCGAAGUAGCCUGGAGCCAUUAGGUCGCCCCGAGUUGAAGGAUUUGGUGGAGAAGAUGGGCUUGGGCGAUCUGCGGAAUGCUCUGAAGGAAGGGCUUGCAGGUACCACAACAGAGCGGCCUGGCGGAUGGCCAGGCUUUGUAGAACUCAUGAGAGGAGUCACCUGUGCUCAAAAUCACACCGAGAGUACUCCACAGCACCCACAUUGCAGCUGUUGCCCAAAUGCAUUCCUUGAUUGCCGAGAAUGCGACUUCAUGGAUAAGUGCGAAUCUCCUGAGAUGCAGGCAGCUCUGAAGCAAUUCAGCAGCGGCAACGUUUCGUUGGAUGAAGAGCACUUAAGGAUGCUUAAGGACUGCGCGCUUCGAGCUCAGGCCCUGGACUUCAAAGCUUCGCAUUUGAAGACUGUGGGUGAUCAGUUGAUGUCAUCUCCUUUGGAGGGAGCCAAUCUUACGGCACCGGUGCUGGACAAAACAAUUCUGGAAAGAUUUCCAUUUCUAGUCGAAGUGGUGCAUCAGGUGCAAAGUUUGAGUCACAAGGAUCGUGGCAUGUUAUUGCUCCCCAGUGGCUUCGCAGCCUUGCUUGAGCUUUGUGAGGAUUUAUAUCGCACUGGAGGGGUGGCUUCCAUGCUGGGACCUUCUUGGCUCUAUCACCAGCGUUUGGACUGGGUUUUUGCGGUUGGCUUGGCUGUGAAGCCUGAGCUGCGAGAUGGGUACAACCUCUUCUUGCAGCAGUUUGCAGAGGGAAAGCAUGCCUUGCUCCAGGUCCACACAAAGUUUCCUUCGAUAGGUGCCAUGUCAGCAGAUUGGGCCCAAGAAGCUCGCCGUGUUUUGCGUGCUUGGCAGCACCGCCACCCAGCCUUUCAGGUGCAGCUUGCCGGCGGCAACGCCGAGGCUGCAGACACCCGAGAUGAGAUCCUGCGUGCAAUGUGGACAUACCUGAUCGUUUGUGUGUCAUUGAUCAUGAUGGUUCUGUAUUUGUCCUUCCAGUCCUUGUUGGUGCCACUACGUUUAGCCUUGGCCUUGGUCUUUACUCUUCUGGCCACCUUCGGCAUGGGUGUCGUGAUUUAUCAGACCACGUUCUUGCAUGGCCUGUUUCCCCAGCUGAAGUAUUUCAGCGGAAUCACCUACGAGGUGAUCCCGUUGGUCACUGGGAUUGCCAUUGCAUUGGGUUUGGAUUAUGACAUCUUCCUCGUGAGCCGCAUCGUGGAGUUUCGAAUGCAGCGCUACUCUGACCGUGCCAGCAUCUUUCGAGGCCGAACGCAGAUAGCUUUGGGGAUGCCAGCUAGUGACCCCUUGUGGCCCUAAUGGGCCCUAAGCUUCGAACCAUAUUCGACUGCUUAUCACGAAAGCUAGCAUGCUAGCUGAGUUCUUCUUUGCUUUAGCAAUUGGUAGUGGGAUGAGCUGUGUGCC